GUGAGCGUCAUCGUGCCGAGGGGCGGUGCCAGACCACUGAUGUGACUAGAUGAGUCGUCGCCCAGCGCUGACAUCAGACAUCAGCGUGCAGCAGCGGACCUGCCGCCACACCAGCAUCCACCGCCACCACGACGACGACGACACCCGCCUCCUCAGGAUCCCGACAUGUACGCCGCCCCGGCAAGCAUCCCUCCAGAGGAGCUGGAUGAACUGAAAGAGGCUUUCGCCAAGAUAGACGUGGACAACAACGGCUUCAUCAGCAAAGACGAACUCACCGAGCUCUUAAGGGCCGCCAACCUGGCUCUGCCGGGCUUCAGAGUCCGGGAGAUUGUCCAGGAUCUGACCAAGACCAGCGAGCAGCUCACCUUCCAGCAGUUCACGCAGAUCGUUCACGGCCUGAAGAGCACCGAGGUGGGCAAGACCUUCAGGAAGGCCAUCAACAAGAAGGAGGGAAUCUGCAACGUGGCCGGAACGUCCGAGCAGGCGGACACUCAGCACUCCUACUCGGAGGAGGAGAAAGUGGCCUUCGUCAACUGGAUCAACAAAGCUCUGGAGAAGGAUGUGGACUGCAAACACGUCCUGCCGGCCGAUCCCUACAGCGACGAUCUGUUCAAGGUGGUGGGAGACGGAAUCGUUCUCUGUAAGAUGAUCAACCUCUCUGUGGAGGACACCAUCGACGAGAGGACCAUCAACAAGAAGAAGCUCACCCCCUUCACCAUCCAGGAGAACUUGAACCUGGCGCUGAACUCCGCGUCGGCCAUCGGCUGCCACGUGGUCAACAUCGGCGCCGAGGACCUGAGAGAAGGCAGGCAGCACUUAGUCCUGGGUCUGCUCUGGCAGAUCAUCAAGAUCGGACUGUUUGCAGACAUCGAGCUCGGCAGAAACGAAGCUCUCAUGGCUCUGCUGCGAGACGGCGAGAGUCUGGAGGGCCUGAUGAAGCUCUCACCCGAGGAACUUCUGCUGCGUUGGGCCAACUACCACUUGGAGGACUCCGGUGCUCCAAAGAUCAACAACUUCAGCUCCGACAUCAAAGAUUCCAAAGCCUACUACAACCUGCUGAGUCAGGUGGCGCCCAAAGGGGACGAGGAGGGAAUUCCUCCCAUCAGUAUUGACGUGUCGGGAAUUAGGGAGAAAGACGAGCUGAAGCGCGCCGAGUGCAUGCUGGAGCAGGCGGACAAGCUGGGAUGUCGACAGUUCGUCAUGCCGACCGACGUGGUUCAAGGAAACCCCAAACUCAACCUGGCCUUUGUGGCCAACCUCUUCAACAAGUACCCGGCGCUGAAGAAACCCGAGAACCAGGACAUCGACUGGAGCGCCAUCGAAGGCGAGACCAGGGAGGAACGCACGUUCAGGAACUGGAUGAACUCUUUGGGGGUCAACCCUCGAGUCAACCACCUCUACACCGAUAUCGAUGAUGCCCUGGUCAUCUUCCAGCUUUAUGAGAAGAUCAAGGUUCCAGUGGACUGGGACCGUGUCAACAAGCCCCCUUACCCAAAACUGGGCAGCAACAUGAAGAAGUUGGAGAACUGCAACUACGCCGUGGAGCUGGGCAAGAAGGAGGCCAAGUUUUCUCUGGUGGGCAUCGCCGGUCAGGACCUGCACGGCGGGAACCGAACCCUCACGCUUGCUCUGCUUUGGCAGCUCAUGAGGAGGUACACGCUGAACAUCCUCGAAGAUCUGGGCGACGGCCAGAAGGUGACGGAUGACACCAUCGUGACCUGGGUCAACGACACGCUGACACAACACGGAAAACCCUCCAUCUCCAGUUUCAAGGACGGCUCCAUCAGCACCAGCAUGCCGGUUCUAGAUCUGAUUGACGCCAUCCAGCCCGGAUCCAUCCGAUAUGACCUGCUGAAGAUGGAAGAUCUCGCUGAAGAGGAGAAACUCAACAAUGCCAAGUACGCCAUCUCCAUGGCGAGGAAGAUCGGCGCCCGCGUGUACGCGCUGCCUGAGGACCUGGUGGAGGUGAAGCCAAAAAUGGUGAUGACGGUGUUUGCCUGCCUGAUGGCACGCGGCAUGAAGCGAGAGUGAAGACGCGAAGAAGGUGAAGACCUGAGACGUUGGUCCACGCCUAAGGUGCAUCUCGCGUUCAUACUCUGAUGAUGUCACACGAGCAACGCAGGAGAUGAUGCUCGCUCGCUUCACGGAUGUCAUCUCGCUCUUUUUUAGAACACGUUCCACAGGACCGGAGAAGGUCCGUGUCACUUCCUGGAUGAAAGUAAUAAAACAUUGGCAUUUUU